CAAUCAUUUCGAGUUUCAAGCAAGUGAUUAAACAUGUAGGAGGUUCGUGUACACAGAUAUAUACCAGAUGAGGAAACGGAUAAGAAACGAACAUAGGAAGAAGGAAAAAUGAGUUUGAAGGUUGGGAAAUACGAGCUGGGAAAAACCAUUGGAGAAGGAAGCUUUGCGAAGGUGAAGUUCGCCAGAGAUGUCAACAACGGCAACAACGUUGCCAUCAAAAUCCUCGACCGCAAACAUGUCCUCCGCCACAACAUGAUGGAACAGCUGCAGCGAGAAAUAUCCACCAUGAGACUCAUCAAUCACCCAAAUGUUACUAAAAUAUUUGAGGUGAUGGCGAGCAAAACAAAGAUUUACAUUGUUCUGGAGUUAGUUGAUGGAGGAGAGCUAUUUGACAAGAUAGCUGCAAAGGGGAAACUUGAAGAAGAUGAAGCUAGAAAUUAUUUCCAACAACUUAUUAAUGCUGUUGACUACUGCCAUAGUAGAGGCGUGUAUCACAGAGAUUUGAAGCCUGAGAAUCUUCUUCUGGACUCGAAUAGCGUUCUUAAAGUUUCAGAUUUUGGAUUGAGUACGUACACGCAGAAAGAGGAUGAACUGCUCCGCACAGCAUGUGGAACCCCAAAUUAUGUUGCUCCUGAGGUGAUUCAUAAUAAAGGCUAUGUUGGUUCUACAUCUGACAUAUGGUCUUGCGGAGUCAUUCUCUUUGUACUUAUGGCUGGGUUCAUGCCUUUUGAUGCUCCAACUCAUAUGGCUCUGUUCAAGAAAAUUAUCAAGGCAGAAUUCACUUGUCCAUCAUGGUUUCCACCACAGGCAAAGACACUGCUGAAACGCAUUCUAGACCCAAAUCCUCAAACGAGGAUAAAAAUUCCCGAGCUCUUAAAAGACGAGUGGUUCAAGAAAGGAUACAAGCCAACAUCUUUUACUGAGGAAGAGGACCUAAGCAUGGAUGAUGUAGCCUUCGCUUUCAACGAGUCUGAUAAAAAUCUAGUGACAGAAAGAAAAGUGAAACCCGUCUACAUGAAUGCUUUUGAGCUCAUUUCUAGGUCCCAAAGUUUCAAUCUUGACAGUUUGUUCGAGAUGCAAACGGAUGAAGUAAAGCAAGAAACCUGUUUUACUUCACAGUGCCCUGCAAUUGAAAUUAUGCACAAAAUUGAAGAAGCAGCUAAGCCGCUGGGAUUUAAUGUACAAAUCCAAAAUUAUAAGAUGAAGCUGCAAGGUGACCAGAACGGAAGGAAGGGUCACCUUUCAAUGGCUACUGAGGUUUUUGAAGUGGCUCCCUCAGUGCACAUGGUGGAGCUGCGAAAGACAGGGGGUGAUACACUUGAGUUUCAUAAGUUCUACAAAAUCUUCUCAUCAGGGUUACAAGACAUUCUGUGGCAUACAGAAGAAAAAAAAUGAAGCGUUAAGGUAUCUUGAAAGAGAACGUUUUGAUCAUGUAACAUUUUAUCCACAGCAAGCUCUUGAAUAGGGUCACUGUUUCAAUGAUUUGUUUGAUUAAUCGAUAAUUCGGUUGUCUUCUGUUUCUAGUGUCAUUAUCAUAUGGAACACCCUCGCAAAAUCUUUGGAAUUGUCGUCUGGUUGGAUGUUGGAUAUGAGAGAAAAAUAGUGUGUAUAUGGUUAAAUGAUGUUGUUUCUUCAGUGGAGUAGAAUGUAAAUAGGGAAAAAUUAGUACAAGUAGGCCUUGGAGUGUGUGUAGCUUGAACUAUUGUUAAUAAACUACUUCACAUAAUUCUAACCAAUAAAGUUUGCAAUAUCUUCUUGACAUUUUUUAGUAAUGAUUUUUAACAUUAAUGGUUUCGGUUGAA